GCAAUCAUCUUCGACCAAUCAUAACAGAAGUUUUCACUUAAAGUAAAGGUUAACUCUGGGCGAUGUUCGGUCCUGUGAUUGAGCAUUGGGUUCAGGCUAUGAUAUAUACCGUGGUCGCAAGAUGGCGUAAUACGUACGACGCUGCUUUUGACGUUCGUGUAUGAGUUUUUUUUUGGUUCCUUCUACGUUGAAAACGCGAAGAAGUAAUUUUUCCAUUAGUGCGUUGCUUGGUCCUCGCUCGUUUGACCGAGAAUGCGGUGGAAAGAGUUAGCCGUGAUACAAGACGCUCAACUAAUCAGGAUUUCGAUUACAAGUACAUAGUACGCGAGACACACGAGGUCCCGCGAUUGGCCAGUUUAUGAGACGACGAUGGCUCCGUGAGGAGAGAGAACAUGGCUGCGACGCAAGCCGAGAGCCAACAAAACGAUGUGAAGCUGAACGAGUCCGUGAAAUGCGCACAGAAACGUCCGCAAGUUGGUGGAAAUAGUGCAAGUGGUAGUACAAAGCAGCAGCUGGAUCCAGAGCCGGGUGAUAAAGUGUCCCGGGGCGCGGCCCAGCUGCUUAAAUAUGUGAAUCGCGGUGGGGACACGGCUUUCGAGAUGAGUCAAUACCGCGAGGACAUUGGUGGACACACUGCCGGUGAAAUAAAAUCUCCACGAGAGGCCGGCCAAGCUCCCCAGGAGACUAUCGGUAAACAGGAGGCCCUUGACGCAUCUGGACACGCGGGUCAUCCUGGACAUCCGUUUGCGCCGAACGUUAUACGUGACUACUCUGAAGAGUAUACCAAUAAAUCUAAUGAAUUUUCCGCCAAACCAUUGACCGAUUAUCAAGGCAAACAGAUACCAGAAUACGUGACGAAACAUGGAGAAUUUCCAGGAAUUCAUCGGCCGGACAUGGAAGAACAUUAUGCUGCUUCUAAGGUCGAGUCAAGAUUAGCGUAUGUAGGAAGUACUCCUGCCAGCUUUCCUGGGCAACCAAGGUUUUUAUCGGGUCAAAGUAUAUCACAAGCCACAGGUCCAACGCCUACUCUGAAUCAGUUACUUCAGGCAUCGACACCUGUGCAUCGAUUCCAUGGGAACUAUCCUGGGAUGGGACCUGAAUCUUAUCAACAGCCGUGGCCUAUGCAACGACCACCGGUUGUACCACCUGUAUAUCCUCAACCUAGCCAACGUCCUCCACAAACGGGUUCACCGAGACUACAUGGAGGACCAGGAGGACCCAGUUCUCCAACUCCUAUGCCAUACCAACAAUAUGCCCAACGUUAUUCCUCUCCUGCUAGACCCCAUACACCUUACAGUCAUCAUCAGUUAAAUUCAUAUACGACACAAACCAGCCAUCCUUCCAGUCUAUAUACGGAACAAAGAGGAUGGAAUCAAGGUGGUCCUCCAAAUCCUCCACCUCCACCUCCAUCUAAUCAAGUAAAUCCUUCAAGUCAGUCACCUCAAAGAGCUCUCUCUCAGUCUCCAGCACCACCACCAUCUGCUUCACCUCAACCUCAACCAACUCAAUCUCAAAGUUUCCACAAUCUACAACAACGAUCAACAACACCGAAUACUCAAGGAAUAGAUUCUGGGGAAUUGUCAGGACAAAAUAGUAACGACAGUUCGAAUGGACCUGCCUGUCCUGGAACACCAAAUUCUCAGGGGAUGAGGCCUACCCCUUCGCCUACAGGAUCCACAGGUUCACGCUCGAUGUCCCCUGCUGUUGGUCAACAAAACGUUCAGAUGCCUCCACGUCCGUCGAGCAGCCAAUCAGACGGUAAUGGACCAGCGCGUAUGAGUCAUUCUCCAAUGACGACUCAAGGAGCGUAUCAACAACCGUUGGGUCCUUCUACGCACAUGCAUAGUUAUAAAAUGAAUAGUACUGGUCCUGGUGUAGUACAACCAGGACCAGGUUCUGCAAGUCUUGGUGGAAUUAAUCCAAUGGGUGGUGGAAUGGGAUAUUCAGCUGGUGGAACGGCUGCAGGUCAGCCUGGAGGUUAUCAUGCUCAGAGUACCUAUCCACCUCCUCGUCCACAUAUGCAGUUUCCACAGGGUUAUCCUUCUCCAGCAAAUUCACAACCACCACCAAAUAACCAAUAUCAACCUCCUAAUAGACCAAACAAUUUGGUGCAAUAUCCUCCUUAUGCGCAUAAAAUGGGAUUUAAUAAUGUGCCACCUGGAAUGCCUCCUAGUCCAGGACCUCCUCAAGUUUAUGCAGUUAGCGGAGCAACUGGUGGCAUGGUACCUCCUGGUACCCCAAGUGUAGCUGUAAUAGGUAAUAUGGGACCUCCAGCAAGUUCUAUGGGUCCUCCACCACCUUCACCCAAUCAUGUGAGCAAUCAGCCACCACCUCCAAGCUCAGCAGUACCACAUAUUCAUACCCCUGCUGCAACACCACCACUUAAUCAUGAAGGAAGCCCAAUGCCACCGCCAAGCACUACUCCUAAUUCACAUCCUACAUCAACGCCUACUCCGACGAGUCACAAUUCUACUGAUCUUACACCGGAGACUUCCAAUGAUAGUGGAAUAACCACUACUGCUUCUGGUACAUCGUCUAUUAACGUUACUUCAACUUCAAGUGGUACUGUUACAUCAGUUAUAACAACAGGUCCAGAUGGUACAUCCUUAGAUGAGGGUUCACAGCAAUCAACACUGUCAAAUGCAUCAGCUGCCUCAGGAGAAGAUGCAGCUUUCACACCAAAGGUCCGUAAAGAAAUGUUAGGUGGAUAUCACAGUCAUCCUGCAACACCACAAAGUACAGUCCCAUCUCCUGGUGCUGCUAGCAUUAAUUCGAUUCAUGAGGAAUAUCCUGAUAUGAACAGUCCAGGCUGGCCACGUACACCUGCUAGUCCUGUGUUUAACAGUCAUGUGCCUCAAGACCCAUACAGAUCUAAGAAACCAGACAGCUUAGCAAAGCUUUAUGAGAUGGACGAUUCAAUGGAACGAAGAACAUGGUUAGACAAAUUAGUUUCUUUCAUGGAAGAACGAAGAACUCCAAUCACUAGCUGUCCAACAAUCUCCAAGAACCCCCUCGACCUAUUCCGGCUAUACCUCUAUGUGAAGGAUAGGGGGGGCUUCAUGGAGGUAUGCAAGGUAACGAAGAAUAAAACAUGGAAAGAUAUCGCUGGAUCAUUGGGCAUUGGCGCAAGUAGUAGCGCAGCAUAUACAUUACGAAAACAUUAUACAAAACACUUAUUGGCAUUCGAAUGUCAUUUCGAUCGUGGUGGUGUAGACCCACAACCUAUCAUAAAUCAAGUCGAAGCUGGUUCUAAGAAAAAAGCGAAUAAAGGAACAGCUUCUGUACCAUCACCUGGGUCUUCCAAUUCACAAGAUUCCUUCCCUGCUGCUGGCUCUAGUAAUGCUUCAAUGGAUGGUUAUGGUAGCUAUCAAAGUAGUUAUGCUGGUGGUACACCAGGAGGACCAACAUCAGAAUAUACACCUCCUCCGCCAAGACCACCUAGCCAAAGUAGCGCUCCUUCUCCACAUCAAGGAAUACAACAAAGCAGUUACCAGACAACAGGUUCCUAUCAAAAUUAUCCUCAGGAUCAAUAUAUACGACCGCAAGGAAAUGCAUUAUCUCAGCAAGCAGAAUUCAGUCAACCUUAUUCACCUCGUUCACAUUAUCCUCCCUAUGUACCAGAUGUUGACAGUUCUUUGUCGAACAGAGGCUAUCCUAGUGGAAAUAUGCCACCAAAUACGGCCAGUGGACAAGAUAUGUAUAAUAGAUAUAGCAGUAGUCAGCAACCAGGAAAUUAUCCAACGGGAACGCCACCUAAUGCUCGGAGCAAUAGCUAUCCUUCCGCGCCACAAGCUCAUCCAGCUAGUGUAUCUCAACAAACGGCUACGAGUCAACCUUCUUCACCUUCGCAGCCUCCAUCUGCCUCAUCGUAUUCUUGUCCUCAAGAUUAUUAUCGACAAGAACAGGGUGGUUAUGGAGGUCCCGGAGGAAGUCAGAUUUAUACUCCUGGUGCAUCUUCAAACAAAAACAUGCCACCACCACCUCCAGGUCCUAGCCAACCUAGGCGUCAUCCUGAUUUUGCCAAAGACCAACAAUAUCCUCAAUAUAAUCAACAGCGACCAGCAUAUCCAGUUGCAGGAUGGCCAAGUACAACCAGUCAGUAUAAUAGCAGUAGUGGAAAUAAUAGAGUUCAGUAUCCAAAUCAACAAAAUCAGCCUCAAGCUCCACAACAACAACAACCACAGCAACAACCACAACAACCACCACCUCCUGUUGCUUCUGCGUCUUCAGCUGCUUCCGCCGUGGGAGCUAUAGCUUCUGGUCAGCAGUGGGGCAGUCAACAACCAAACAGGACUUCUUCUCAACCAAGUUUGAAUACUAUAGGUCAUACACCUCCACCGUGGGAUCAUCGUUACUCUAAUCAACCAUCACCUUUAUACCCACCACCAGGAACACACCAGAACCAAUUAGGAAUGAGUCCUAUAAUGAGCCAACAGCCUACUUCAAAGAGAGAAAUGACGUUUCCUCCUGAUAGCGUAGAAGCUGUUACGCCAUUGUUAUAUAAACGACGAAAAUUAACUCGUGCUGACGUUGCUCCUGUGGAAGCUUGGCGCAUAAUGAUGGCCUUGCGUUCAGGACUACUUGCUGAAAGUUGUUGGGCUCUUGACGUAUUGAACAUUUUAUUAUUUGAUGAUUCUUGUGUAAGUUAUUUUGGAUUGACGCAUUUACCCGGAUUACUGGACGUCUUAUUGGAGCAUUUUUCACGGUCUUUGUCGGAUAUGUUCGAAUCUUCUGCCAACGACGAUGAUCAUUACUGGAGUCAACCAGCUAAUGGACCUGAGGUUGAUUUGGGAGCUGUAACACGUCCCAUAGAUCCAGAAGAUCGGACUAAGUUGCUCUCUUCAUCGAAUUACACGUUUUUGUCAAGGCGUGGACGCCCUGUGAAGAUCGUGCCUAGAGAUGACGACAUAUUUGUCUUAGACUCUCGGAGGAGUUGGGAUCAUCAGGAGUGCGAAGCAGAUACGGAGCCGUGGCAGGUCGACACGAGCGCCACAAAAUAUAUAGUGACGUGUUUUCAAUCAGAGAUAUGUUCGGUACCGUUCGCGCGUCUCCUCAGGGACGAGAAGCCACCGCUCUUGCAGAAGGAGGUUGAACACAAUAUCGACUCGAAGGACGAGUUUAAAAUGGAAGCGGGCUCAGCGGAUAUCGCUGAGUACUCUCACAAGUUCACAGAAUCCGGCGGUGAAUCGAGUGAAAAACCGAAGGAUAAUAAUGGUGAACGUAAACAAUUAGACAAGAAGAAAAAAACGAAAACAUUGAGCGACGUUUUGUCUAGGAUUAAGAGAGAGCCGGUCGAAAUGAACGAUCUUACACGAGAAUUGUUUGAGAAAAAACAUGACGGUUAUAAGAAGGAUACUGACGGUGAGACAAAGGCGAAUAACAACAUGGGAGAACACUUUGUAGAUAUACCGUCACAAAAAAGCGACGAAGAAGGACAACAAUCGAUACCUACACAGAAUGGAUUAAACGAUUCCGCGACAGUUAUCAGUAACGUCGAUUUGGAGAAGGUCGAUGUUAAGUCCGAGAGCGAAGAGCAAGAAUCGCCGAGAGACGAGAACGAGGGACCAAGAUUACAGAUAAGAGAUCCUGCCGGUACCUUGAAGAGGAGACGAAUAAGCGACUACGAGGAUGAAAGUUAUUCGCGCGACGAAGCGAGUCUCUACCUCGUGACGGAGACGCAGGACAAUUUGGCGCGUCGUUGCGUCUGUCUCUCCACUAUCCUGAGGAACCUCACGUUUAUACCAGGAAACGAGGCUGAAUUUGCAAAGAACGUCACAUUUCUCAGCCUACUUGGUAAGCUCUUGUUGCUUUAUCACGAGCACCCAGCAAGGGCCCAAAAGACACGAAAUUACGACAGAGAGGAAGAUGCGGAUUUUGCGGAUUCCUGUAGCAGUUUGCAAGGUGAAAGCGAAUGGUGGUGGGACUUUUUGCAUCAUAUAAGAGAAAACAUACUAGUGAUGGCGGCGAACAUAGCUGGGCAUAUGGAUCUGAGCCAACAUCCUGAGGAGAUAUCUCGUCCAGUUCUCGAUGGUCUUUUACACUGGGCCGUAUGUCCUGCAGCCCAUGGCCAGGAUCCCUUCCCAACGGUUGGUCCAAAUUCGGCUCUCUCGCCACAGAGACUCGCUCUAGAGGCACUUUGCAAGCUUUGCGUAACCGAAUGCAACGUCGACCUGGUUGUUGCGACGCCGCCUUAUUCGAGACUUCAGAGGCUCUGCUCUGUGCUGACCAGGCUCCUUUGUCGAAGCGAGGAACAGGUUCUCCGCGAAUUCGGUGUAAAUCUCUUACACUUCUUAUCGGCUGCCGACAGUGGAGUGGCACGUACUAUUGCCCUACAAACACCCUGCAUCACGCUCCUGGUUUCUUUCAUUGAGUACGCCGAAACGAGCGCUAUAGGUGUCGCGAAUCAGCAUGGUCUUGCGGCUCUACGCGAUAACCCCGAGUCCAUGGGCACCAGCUUAGAUAUGUUACGACGCGCCGCCGGUACGCUACUCAAUCUCGCCAGGCAUCCAGACAACAGAACUCUUCUCCUACAACACGAAUCACGUUUGCUCGCACUCGUUAUGAGUCAGAUUCUGGAUCAACAAGUUGCCGCGAUCGUUGCGCGUGUGCUAUUCCAGUGUUCCAGGGGUACGUAACUCUGAUGACGAUCAUCAGCCGACGACUACGUUCUUCUUCGUCCGUCUUUAUCAUCUCCGUCUCUGUGCCCGUACGUAUUAUCUAGAUUGUGAAAGGAGAAAAGAAAAAGGGAGUGUUUUGACCGAGUGACGAUGAUAAUGAUAAUGAAUGAUAAUGGUGAUAAAAUGGUGGUAUUGGUGGUGAUAGUGCUCGGUGGUGAUGGCACCAGGCUGAACGGGUAAGUCGAUUGAACAAUAACCGAACAGAGAUUUGUAUCGGCCAUCCGUCGUGUCGUGGUGCGCGAGUCCUAGUGAUAUGUGGAGACUUUCUCGUGGGCGCAGAGAGCGGUUGGAAGAUGGCCAAGAGGUCAAAAGAAGGUGUGCGAAUGUACAAGCGCAUAAGAGAGAACGAAAAACGCGCGAAUGAAAGAUAGAGAGAGAAAGAGGGCGAAAGAGUAAGUACGUGUGCGUGUGUGUGAGAGAGAAAGAGAGAGAGAGAGAGAGAGAGAGAGAGAGAGGCGAGGGAGAGGGAGAGAACAAAAUGAGAAUAAUAAAGAAAAAAAAGGAUAGAGCUAGUGCGAACACGAGAGUAGACGAGGGAAAAACGAAACGUUGGAGAAUGCCAUGGCAGCGCAAUUGUAGUUUUAUAUUUGAGGUAUAAACAAAAAGUAAGAAUGUUAAUUAUCGGUGUUAGCGCGUAGGGUAUACUCGACGUCGUGCUCGCAGCCAUCGGCGUAUACCUUCCCCUUCGUGAAUUGGAUAAUUAAUAUCGAAUAGUGUAAGAUAUUUCAUAGUAAAAUGAGAGGAACAAAAAGGAGGAAAGAAAGGAAGAAAAACUCAAAGAAGAGGCAACGGUCAGCUGCAUAAUAAUAUAUUAUUAAAAUCCAACAGAAAGAAAAAAAGAAGCGUAUGUCGACGAUGAACCUACAAUGGUGCGAUGUGGAAAAUCGAUAAUAUAUCGGGUGACGAUUAUUAUAUAUAUAAAUAUUAACGAUAGUAUAAUGCAAAUUUUUAUAUUUGCAUGUUUUGUGCUGUAAUUAGCGAGUAAUUAAGAUAUUUUGUAGAUAACACACAAACACACACACACUUCCAUUGAAUCUUUAAUUCAAUUUUUCGUGCCGCGUCGCGUCAGCGCGAAAGGAGAAUGCGCGCGUAGCUUAAAAACACGGCGCUGCAAGAGUCUCGACUUUAGAAGCACAGGCAAACAAAGCUAGAACUGAAGAAAGACAUUGCUAAUGAUGAGAGAAUGAGAGAGAGAA